UAGAUCAAUAAAAAUUUUUAAACGGAGUGAGCCCACAUAAAAGUAUAUUAAACUAUUAAUUUGAAGUAAUACAUACAAGUCUAUUUUGGAGAAAAAAAGACGUAAUAUUGGGGUGUUUCCUCCGUUUUAUACAAAAAACUCAUGUGAUUUUUUGGAUGUAUCUCAUUGGUAAAUUUUCGAUACAUACCCUCUUUUCACCACAAAUAAUUUUGUUUAAAAAAUCCUUAAAGUGUGGAAUUUCGUUCAACAAAGGGGGGGGGGGGGUUAACUGGUUUUUAGGUGAUAUGAAUUAAAAAACCAUUUACUCAACUGACAUUGAAUUGCGCUCAAAAACAAUCAAAAAUGGAGUAUUCACAUUAAAUUUGAAAUUUUCCAUCAAAUUGAGUAACGACCUUUAGCGAUACAUCAUCACUUUAAAAGGUGAUCAGGGUAACCUGACAUCACCUUACAUAGCUAUGCGGGUCACAUAUUGAAAUGUUCCAUUUUUCUCAUUAUUGGUGUCAACUCUAAUCAGUUAAACAAAUACGUUGCGUGAACUUUAAGUAAAAUCAUACACAUACAAAUCAUUUACAUUCAAUUCAUUCAAGUAACAACUUAAACUGCUCAUUUCAACAUGUUUUGUUUUAUACUUUGUGUUCUUCUAAUCGGAAAUAUAGCAGCGUGUGAUUUUUGUCAACCUACUGCCUUAGGUUCACAUUGCAUGGGUGAAAUUGUUUGUCCGACACACACUAAAGUUGUAACUGUACAGUGUUAUGUGAAAGAAAUUAUUUCCAGUGAGCCCAUCGGACAGUUAUUAAUUAAUUGACAGUGUGAUUCCAUUGAAAAUUUUGUACAUUUUUGUUUUAACAAUAACAUACGGGAAAUUGUGAUGCUGGAGGCAAAGUCAGAACCUCUCAUUUGUUCAGGUAAUUUUUUGUUAACAAAUCGUUCUGUCCUAAAAACACACUCCGUCUUCCAAAGUGUAGGGGGGGGGGGGGGUCAGAUAAAAUCAUCCUUUCUAUCUAUCUUUUCUUUCUUUCUCUAAACAUCUAAGGGUACCUUUUCGUGGGAAAACUCCGCCUCCUGUCCGAUUACACACUUUCAGCCAAUCGCUACCUUGUAAAAUACUGCUGACUACAAAGGAAAGGGUGCGCGACUCGUGAUCUCAGAUUUCAUUUCGUAACGAUGCCUUGCGAGCUAGUGAACGGGAAUCCUAUCUGUCCGCCAGGUACAUAUCAUAAUUGCAUAACUUACAUGUGUUCAAUACGAUGAUAUGAUUACGUUUUUAAUUGAAAUAAUUAUGAUUUCAGAAGUAACACCAUCACCCCAGAUGCCUGGGGAAACAGACGAAUGUAAGUCAUUAUUUGUUGAGUUAGUUUUGUUCUGUCCUCGUUCCUUUUUUUCGUUAUGUUAUUUUUAUUGUUAUUUUGGAAUUUUGUUACUGUUUAUUUUUUCCAGUUAUUUAAUAUUUACUGUAGAUACGAGUUCGCACCGUUCAACUUCGACGGGUACAACAAUCGUCAUUGAUCGGACACAACAUUUUAGAUCCACACCAAUGCCUACUACUCAGCUACAUACUCAAACAUCCAUUUUUUACAAUACACAGUCAUCAAUAUUUUCCCGAUUUCAUGAACAUACUUCCACUCCCGUUAUUACUUGGUCUACUAUACACGCAUCCAUCCCCCUCAGUACUCAGUCUAGGACACGUGUGCAUGUAUCCGUCCCCCUCAGAACGCAGUCUUGGGCACCCUUAACCACCCCCCUCACUACUCAGGCUAGAACACGUGCCACCACCCCCUUACUACUCAGGCUAGAACACAUACCACCACCCCCAUCACUACUCAGGCUAGAACACAUACCACCACCCCCCUUACUACUCAGGCUAAAACACGUAUCACCACCCCCCUCACUACUCGGCCUAGAACACGUACCACCACCCCCCUCGCUACUCAGGCUAGAACACGUACCACCACCCCCCUUACUACUCAGGCUAUAACACGUGUGAUCACCACACUCAUUAAUCAGACUAGGAUACAUACCACCAUGCCCCUCACUACUAAGGUCAGGACAUUCCUCACUACUCAGGUUAUGACACAUACCACCACCCCCUCACUACUCAGGCUAGUGACCAGACUUCCACCUACAAGAACACUAUCACAUCGAACAAUCAAAGUAAAUAUGUUUAUUUUUUCUCUAGCUUCUUAAUUCUUCCCAUAUUUAUUUUCCUGUGUUGCUUUAUCUACUGUCAAAAAAAUAAAAAUAAACACCAAUUAACUCUACCAGAUGAUUUUCCAAUGAAUGUGAUUAUUGA